GAUACUUGAUCUGAUGAUUGACGGUACGAAUUCUAGUACACGUCCGUUGAUGCCCAUUAAGCUUAUGAUGUUUGCUUAUUCAUGGCGCCGUGAGGUGUAUACGAUGUACGAGAUAACAUCACAGGCUGGAAGCUAGAGGAAGGGGAUAUAUAAGUCGUACGUUCAUCUUAUGUUUGGAGUUUUGGUUCAGCAUCAUUAUCACAACAUCAACACUUCAAUCCAGUAUUUUCCACAGUAACUCAAGCAAAAUGCAAUUCUCAACACUCUUGACUCUUGGUCUAGCAGCUAUCAGUGGUGUUGCUGCUGCCCCCACCGAUUCCUUUAAUAUAGAUAUUACAUUCAUCGGCGGACCAGCUAGCUACAACCUAACCGUUCCCGCCACUGGAUAUACCCAACUUACCAGUUCGUCUCCCCCUUACGCGACCCAUACGUAAAACUAACAACCACCAGGCAACGCACUCUCCGUCUCGCUAAUCCGCUCCUCCAACUUCGACGUCUUCCACCUCUGCACCUUUUCCUUCGCUAGCCCCGCUACGCUCGUCAAUAAUGGCGGCAUCAUUAGUGUAGGACCCCCAACCCCUAUCACAGCUGUCAGCUGCCCACCUACCGAUCAGAGAUGCAUUCCAAAUUAUAGUGAGUUUUCCUUUCUUUCCUCUAGGUGCUUUUGAGAAAAGCCGCUCAUGAAUUUGUUUUUAGAUGAUUGCUACUCUUCUACCACCGGUCAAUUCCUCGGUUCUUGCUGUGAUGGAUUUUGUGCGGCGAAUAAGUGUAGACCUUUCUCUGGGGUUUAAGAAUCUUAGAUUAUGAGUUCUUCAGCUGGUGUUGAGAUGAUUGGAUCGGUGUUAGUAUUCGAUUGGAUUGAAAUUAGGGAGGAAUCCGAAAAUGCAAAUCGACAAAAAGAGAAAACUUGGGGAUAUUAGGGGUUGGAGGAAGAACAGGCUCUAAGCGCUAACUAAUUACAUUCCUUUAGAGUAUGCGGAAGUGUGAUAUAGUCUUCUGAUAAAUUUAAUUUAUAUUCUUUGCUAAC